UGUAACUUGUGAUGUCCGGUAAAAUGACUGUUAGCAUGGCGGAUUUAUUUUUCACUUCGUGUUUACAUUGUUAGUCAAACAUAAGUCAGUGUUGUUGUACAACAACACCCACAGACAGACAGUCUGCAGACUGCGCGUCUGUGAGUCUGCAGUGAGCUUCUUCCCGCGGCUGCAGCUCCUCGGCAGCGGCAGCGGGAGCAGCGUCACACCGCUCCCCGUCUCUCUGCGUGUCGGUGCCCACACCUCGGGACUUUUCUAUGACCCAGUUUGAUUGCUUUCUUCUUCUUGCCUAAGUGGAACAAACCAUUCGGAGUUGAACACAAGCCGUUGGUGGUAUUUUAAUUAAAUGACUUGUGCACUUGAGUUGAAGAAGAAUUUAAAUUAGCCUUAGUGGUGAAGAAACCCACUCAACAAAAAUUAACAAUGUGUGACACAAAGGAAGAAGUAGAUGAGGAGGUGAAGAGACAGGGCGUCUGCUUGGAGCACCUUGCAGAGCCACUUCUGAUUAUCUUGUCCCCACCUCCGCCUUUCUUACCAGUUCGAGGCAAACCAACCAUGUUUUGGCCCAAGUGGCAUAAAGCGUUUGAAAACUACCUUGAAGGGCUCGGUGAAAAUGAGCUUGUGGACUCCACUAAGUGUGUGCUCCUACAGAACUGCCUUGGCCCGGAAGGGCAGCGAAUCUUCACAACACUGAUCCAGAGAGGAACCACGUAUGCUACAGCCGUCUCAGUGCUGACAAGUUUCUUCAGCGUGGACCUCAACUCUCAGAUGUGCCGCCUUAAAUUCCAUCAGAGGGCUCAGAUGCCUGGAGAGACUGUAGACCAGUUUGUGUCUGCAUUAGAAGAACUGCUGAAGCCCUGCAACUAUGGAGACUUAAAAGACAAACUUAUUUUGGAUCAGCUUAUAAUGAAAACAAACUGCCCACAUCUCAAAGAAAGGCUACUGCUGGAGAAGGGAGGUGUGACAUUGGCUGCAGCAAUGCUUAUUGCUAAAGAGGUGGAAUCAGGUUUAAAUGAAUCUGAGCUGUUUGGUUUUCACGAGGUCAGUGUGGAUAUUGGAGAUGAUGUCGUCCCUCCUGUUCAAAAGAAGGCCAAAAGAGGGCGACCUCGGCGCGGUGAGAUAAGAGUAAAAGCAAAACCACUUCUAAUUAAAAACACAAGUAAAUCUAAAAUCAAAGAUAACUACUAUUAUAGUAAUGAUAAGCAGUAUUAUAGUGAUGCUGGUGGUAAUUGUAGAGGUGCUGCUGAGAAUAAUCUGGCUUGUGAUAAAACCAGUGAUGAAGGUGAUAAAGGUGACACUGAAGCCUCAUCAUCAUCACAGACAAUGGAGGAGGAAAUGUGCAACGAGGCUCAGAAUGAUGAUAAAGAUUUUAUCAUUUCUUCCAGCAAACUCAAAGGUCCCUCCUGUCCGAUCUGUGUCAGCAGGCGUUUCAGAGAUGCAAACAAGCUCGCCAGACACAUGAGGAUGCACACAAAAGAGAAACCGUUCAUCUGUCCCGUUUGUUCUGUGACCUUCAGCCAAUCGUACCACAUGACCCGGCACCUCAGGAACCAGCAUGGUGCUGGCCAACACAUAUGCCCCACGUGUGGGAAAUCUUUAGGAAACUCUGCAGAGCUACGGACUCACAAGAGGGUGCACAAGUCACAAACCCUCUCAUCUCCAGACUGUCAAGAAAAAUUCACUGACGAUGAAGCGUUAUCAAAUCACAUCAAGUCACAUGACUUAAAGGAGACCACUGAGACGGAGGAACAGAGUUCCAAGCACGGUGAUGAAGUGGAAAAUGAAGCGAUAGAGAUGGACAUGAAUGAGAAUAAUGACUCUGAUGAUGAUGUUGCUGAGAAUGAAGCAAACUCUGAUAAUAGUGACUCCCAGGAUACAGUACAUGAAGUUAAUAUUAAGAUGGAAAAGAAUGAUUCUGAUGAAGCUAAAUCUCAAGAUGGUGGCAAUAAGAAAGAAAAAGUACCAUCUAAGACUAAAACGAAAGGUCAUUUUUGUCCCAUCUGUGUUGGCAGGCGCUUCCGUGGGGCAAACAAACUUGCCAGACACAUGAGGACACACACAAAGGAGAAACCUUUCAACUGUCCAGUCUGCGCUCUGACGUUCAGCCAGUCUUAUCACAUGACCCGACACCUGAGGAACCAGCACGGCCUGGGCAAGUACAUCUGCACUAAAUGUGGGAAAAUUCUAAAUACCUGGCAGGAACUGAAAACUCACCGGAAAACUCACAUUGCUGAAGACUUCACAUGUCAUUCAUGCGAUAAACAGUUUAAGGAAAAAGUUGCGUAUUUGAUUCACCGCAAAUCACAUAAGAAGUCAGUUCCUCCUCUAAGCCACAUCUGCGGCGAAUGCGGCAAAGUCUUUGGUCGAAUGUAUCAUUUGAAAAGGCACAUCGUGACCCAUCGCAAAGCAGAUGAUGGCGAGACUUACAGUUGUCCUGAUUGUCAGAAGAAUUUUGCCUUCCAAGCUGACCUCAACAAACACAGAGAGAGUCACGCAAAAGAAAACACAGGGACGUGUCCAAAAUGUAACGAAGCCUUUGAAAGUCCAGAGGAACUGGAGACGCACAUGGAAAUUCAUGAAAAAUCUUAUCCCUGCAACACAUGUGGGAAGAGGUUUAAGGUGGAGUACGCGCUAAAGAAGCAUGAGCAAAGUCACCAGAGCGAACAGUAUUAUUGUUCAUUGUGCCAAAAGCAUUUCAUCAAGCUGUCCCACUACAAGAGGCACAUACUGGUCCACGACAGGCGGGAAUCCAGAUGUCCGCACUGUGACAGCGUCUUUCUACAGUUAACAGCGUUGAAGUAUCACCUGCGAACUCAUACUACAGAAAGGCCGUUCCAGUGCAGCUGUUGUAUGGAGACAUUUGAGGUACAGGAAGACCUGGAACAGCACCGUCUCAAACACAGGAAAUUCAGAAAGGAGAGACCAUACUCGUGCACAAGAUGUGAUAAUGCUUUCUGCACGCUGGUGGAGCUGACGGAACACAUGAACGUACACGAGGGAGAGCAGCCGUCAAACUGCCCCAUCUGUGGCAAAACCUUCUUAAACAAGAACAAACUGGAGAAGCACUUGAGCAUCCACACGGGGGAGAGACCUCACCUCUGCUCCAUCUGCGGCAACGGCUUCCCGUCCGCCGCCAGCCUCAAGUUACACGUCCACAUCCACACCGGAGAGAAACCCUUCCACUGUUCGGAGUGCAACAAGACCUUCAGCUCAUCCAGUGGCCUGCGGCUGCACAGCAGACAACACAUGGACGUGCGGCCCAGCUACGAGUGUCCAGAGUGCGGCAGGACGUACGGACGCAUGACGGAGCUGAAGAUGCACCAGCGGUACCACACGGGGGACAAACCGUACGCGUGCACCUGCUGCAGCAAACGCUUUAUUAGUAAAGACAAACUGAAUGUCCACAUGAGGAUCCACACAGGGGAGAGGCCGUACUCAUGUCCUCACUGUGGACAGACAUUUACACAGACUGGGGACAGAAACAGACACAUCAGUAAAUACCACGCAAUAGAUGUAGUUUCAGAACUCCAGUGAAGCUUUGGUUUUCAAUGAUGGUCUCUGCAUGUUUGUGUAAGUGUUUUUUUUUAAAUUCUUUUCACAUUUUUGUCUGUCUUUUUUUUUUUUAAAUUUGUCAAAGGCCUGGUUUGUGUAGACUUAAUCUGCCAUGAGCACUAGAUCAUCAAAACUGAUGAGGCUCUGUGACUAUGUUUAACAUUUACAUUUAAGAAUGUUUUGUUUGCAAACCUUCACUUAAUGUAUGCAGAAAAUGCUGUACUAGUGUCAGAAAUGAUUUUUCUGUGUUACAAAGUGUUCUUAGUUGUAAGACUCACAUGGUCUCUGAUGUGCUGUUUCCUGUUAGCUUCAAGUCUGAACUCUCUUCACUGUUAAACACAGUGCAACCAUAAUAAAAUGUACCCGCUCUAGAA